UAUAAAUGACGCCGACCUUCUGAAUUCUUUCCCUUUGCUACGGGACUUUUGAAGGAGACGCCUGAAAGAGCAUAACGCCCCGGAAGGUUUGAACCUGUGGAGAAGUCUACAUUGCAAAACUUGAUCAAGAAGCGCUUGCUGACGUUGGCACUUGCUGAAGAAGCCGAAAACCGAAGAAAGAUGGAUCCUGACCAGGAGAAGGACCAGCAGGGAGGUCAGCUGGAAGCUCAUUGUGUAGCUCUUCCAGAAGACGGAUCCCCAACGUUGGAGGAACAUCUAGCCGAUGGUAAGGAUAUUGGUAAGGUGGGGUCAAAUGUUUUCCAAGAAACCAUAUCAGACAACAUGGUUUCUGGAGAUCAUGGAGAGGUGCCGAGGUGUAGUUCACCUCCGCAGUCUGUUGACUGUAGUACCAGCUCCAGUGUUAGCUCCAGUCAAGAUGACUGGGCUAGCAGUUUCAGUGGUAGCUGUAUUAGCAGCUCCAGUGGUAGCUCCAGUCUAAAUGACUGGGCUAGCAGCUCCAGUUGUAGCUCUGUUACCAGCUACAGUAAAGAUGAGGUAGGUAGUGAUUGGACUACCAGUUACGGAAGUAUCAGUACUACCAGCUGCAGUCCUACGGUGGACCGUCCUUACGCUGAGCUUGAGAUGGCUCAGAAGCUUCAAGAGGACAUUUUUCACUUGACCUCACUUGAAGAGCCCAUUUUGAGUCCAGAUGAUUCCAGACCUUUUGGUGUCUCGAAACGUCAUCAGGUAGGUUUGGUAGGGGAUGAGACUCGUGGGACAUUGGUGACUGGCAAAAACGGAAAGAGGACAAUGGACAGUGACUCUGAGGAGGAGCCCCCUGCCAAGAGGACUAGGGACAGUGAUGCUGAAGAGGAGCUCUCCUCCAAGAGAACCAGGGACAGUGAUGAUGAUGAAGAGGCGCCCCCAGCCAAGAGGACAAGGGACAGUGUUUCUGAAGAGGAGCCCUCUGCCAAAAGCACCGGGGAGCAUCAACCUAGAGAUGAGCUCCCGUCCAAGAGGACCAGGGACAGUGGUGCUGAAGAGGAGAUCCCUCCCAAGAGGUCCCGGAACAGCGAUCAUGAAGAGGAACCUUUUCUCAGUCCCUCCACAAAUGUGUUGUGUGAGGAUUCUUUUCAGUCAUCCCCUGACCGCAGUCCCUCCCCCAUGUCAUUGUGGGGGGAUCACCUUUUUUCACCCUUUGGUCUUUCACCUAUGAGUGCAAGUGAGGAUCCCAUUCUGUCCUCCCCUGUCUUCAGUCCCUCGCCAAGAUUACCAUGUGAAGGUCCCAUUGUGUCUGUUUAUGCCAUCAGUCCCCCAAUCAGUGAAGAUCCUAUUUUGUCAUCCCCCGUCCUCAGUUGUCCACCAAGGACAGCUUGUGAGGAUCCCAUUGUGUCUUCCCCUGUCGUGAGUACUUCCCCAGCAACAUACUGCAAAAUUCCAAGUGCGACAUUCCCUUGUUUUUGUGUCUGGAUGAAGUCUCAAAUGGACAGAGAAGAGGAACCAAUACCCUCAACAUCUGGAAUUGGAUCUGAUGGAAUUAGAGGAAGAGAGAGUCCCAGACAAGUGUGGUUUAGACCUCACUACGACUUGUCAAGUGAUGACUCUGAUUAGAUUGGGAUCUUGAAAAACUAAGACCUACCAGAGAAGUCCCAUUAGGAUACUGGAAUGUCUAUGUUGUUUUUGUUAAAGCCAAUGGCUUUCUAGCAGGACCGAGGAUGCCUUAGGUAGCGUCUUGCACCAGGGCUUUUCUUUAUCCCGCUGCUAGAUAUUUUAUUUUAGAUGUUAAGGAUUCUAGCAGGACCGAGGAUGCCUUAGGUAGCGUCUUGCACCGGGGCUUUUCUUUAUCCCGCUGCUAGAUGUUUCAUUUUAGAUGUUAAGGUUUCUGGUAGAACAGGCAAUGCUGACAUUUUUGCUGUUAAUGAAUGUAUGACUAAAUGCUGGAGGAUGCUAAUUUAAAUUUCUGAGGAACAAGACCAUACUGCGAAACAAAAAACACUAAAAGUAGUUGGACAUGGAUGGUGCAUAAAAGAUAAACGCUAAAAGGAAUAAGACAACGCUACAGGAUUAAUAUUAAAAUAAAACAAUCUUGCUGGGUAAAAAUCAAACCUCAAAACUAUUAAGGCAACGUGGCUCAGGACACUGGAAUCAAUACAAUUGAGACAACACUGCUGCAAAUUAAACUCUAAAAUAUAAACAAUAUUUAUGACAGUUCUAAUUUUUAAGACAUAAAAAAUACAAAUGGAGACACAUUAUAAUCGGUUGAGCUCUGGUGUAAACGGAUUGAAACAGCGGUUUUAAAGUUACAAUCAUUCUGGUCUGGACUUUAUAAAAACCACAGGAAAUGAAACGUUUUAAAGUAUGAAAUAACAACGGCAGCGACAGUAAAAACGGAAGUUAAUUCAAACGUUCAAAGAUGAAAGAGGAAGAGAGAAAUAGGCAGGACCUUUGGACCCGGAUGUGAACUGUUGAUCCACGGAUCAAUCAUUUGGUGGCUGGAUUCCAAAACCCUCAACACCACAUGUUAAAAUGAGCAAGACAUUUAAACUCAGGUGAUAAUAAUGGUUUUAAAAGUAGGUAAUGCUGCUGGGUGUCAAACCUAAAAUCUCUUAAGACUGAGAAGAGACAACGCUUUUCUGGACAAAUUCAUUUCUCUAAGGAUGGAGACAACGCUUCUCAAGUAGAGAGAAAUAUUCAUCUUUUAGGACUAAUAUGAUGUCACGGUGGACAAAUUAAAAUGUAGAAGAAUUUAAACAUCCCGCAGAGAACAAAUUAAAAUCUUUAAGGAUAAAAGAAAAAGACAGGAAUAAAUGCCAAGUUUCAGGGUGUAAUAGCGGUGCUUCCCCACACGGUGCUUCUAAUAUAGUCAAUUGUUCUCACCUGGUCCUUCAUUAAUCCAGUCUCCCAGUUUGAAUCUUUCAGGUUCAUCGUUGGAUUCUUUCGUGGUUCUCCAUGUGGACAUUAAAAAAUACAGACAUUAGUCUCUGAUCCAAGGUCCAGACGUCUCAGAUCUCUGAUGUUCUGAUCAUCCCAGGUUGGAUCUUCUGAACCUGGAAUCCUCCACCUUCAACACCGUCAGUCAGGUGGAGGAAGAUAAGAGAACCCAGUUGAC